AUGAGCAGCAACGAGCUCUUUGAAGACGUGUUCGAUGUUCAGCGAAGAGAUCCGGAUGGCAGGAAGUUUGACAAGGUGUCUCACCGCGAGGCGCCCGCCGCAGUGUCCCGCUACGUACUCAAAUCGGACCUGUAUGAGUUUGAAGCAACAGUCGACAUCAAUAUCGACAUCUUCCCCCUCCAGGUCGGCGACAAGGUCAGCCUCUGCCUGGCGCGCACCAUCCACAAGGAUGGCACCGCAGAGACAGGCAAGUACGAUAAGACGUUUCCAACCUUCUCCAAGAAGGAGACGCUGCUGGACAGCUACGACUACGUGAUGCACGGCAAGGUGUUCAAGUACGGUGACACGCAUUCUGGCGGUUCCACCAAGCUGGAGAUAUACUUCAGCUUCGGGGGCCUUCUGAUGAAGUUGGUGGGCGACCCCUCCAAGCUCAAAGUCAUUGAGGUCGACAGCACAGUUUACCUGCUCAUACGCAGGCUUUAG